CUAAUUAUAUAUUAAAAAAAUAAUACACAAGGAAAAUUUGGGUUUGAGGAAUAUUCAAGGAAUAAAAGAUGUCUUCUGAUAAAAUAUGUAAUGCCCCACAUCCAACAAUUAAGGAAUCCAUAGGAUUUAUUGGAGGAGGCAAUAUGGCAAAAGCAAUAUGUAGUGGCAUUAUCAAUAAAGGUAUGGCUCAAUAUAGCCAAAUUUACGUCUCGAGUCCGCAUAUCGAAAACCUGGGAUGGUGGAUUCAAAAUGGAGCUACAGCAUCCAUCGAAAAUGUUAAAAUCCUUGAAAAAGCCCAAAUAAUUUUCUUGUCGGUGAAGCCCCAUAUAUUACCGUUAGCUGUAGCAUCAAUGUUAAAAACACUGCCGGCCAAUUUCACCGAACCGAGACUUUUUGUCUCUAUAUUGGCCGGGGUUACACUUGAUCAACUCUCUAAAACUUUACGUCCAGUGGGUGACAACGUAAGAUUAAUAAGAGUCAUGCCAAAUACCCCAGUGAUGGUGGGUGAAGGUUGUGCCGCCCUUUGUGCAGGAAACGGAGCGACGGCGCAUGACGUAAAAACAAUUACUUCAAUAUUUUCAGUAUCGGGAAUUUGUAAGGAAGUGCCCGAAUCAAUGAUCAAUUCUAUCGGAGCAUUAUCUGGAAGCGGGCCGGCCUUUAUAUAUUUAGUCAUAGAGGCAUUGGCCGACGCUGGAGUAAAACAAGGGAUACCGAGAGCGAUGGCCAUUGAAAUGGCCGCACAAACCACAUUGGGAGCAGCUAAAAUGGUUUUAAGUACUGACAAGCACACUGCCGUAUUGAGGGAUGAAGUUUGCUCCCCAGGUGGUACUACUAUCUGUGGGGUGCAUGAAUUGGAAUCAGGAGGUGUUAGGGCGGCAAUGUUUAAUGCCGUAGAAGCGGCUGCAAAAAAAUCAGCACUCUUAGGACAACAACAACAACCAAAAUAAACCGAUCUUUUAUUGUAAUAUUUAAUUUAGAAGCUAAGUUGCAAUUUAGUGUAAAGUGAUUGUAGGACAAUAUAGAAUGUAAGCAGUUCUAGUUUAUUAAGAUGUAAUAUACAGUGGUGGAUUCAAA